AUGUCGAUAUCGACAUCUCAUGACAUUGAAACAUGUAUCGACCUCGAGGAACGUUCGCAUAUUUCCCCGACAACUGACGACACGUUCAAGAUGAGCGAAAAAGCGAAGCAUGUCUGUUUGGUGCUCCAUCCAAUCCAAGUACAGAAAGGACAAGCGUAUUCGGAGCGGCGAUUGCUACGACAGACGAUAAAAACAGGCCGUUUCUCACUGAUUUGGAUUGACAAGUUGAGCAACAUGUGCAAGAUGAACCGUUUACAAACGAUGCGUCAAAACCUCCUUUUUUUCCAAAAUAAAGAAGCUCCAUGUCAACCCAACUUGAAAGUACACCCGUGCAGGAACGCGAUUUGGAAGUAGAUUAAGACUCUUCAAAUCCAGCUUGUAAGGUGAAUAUAAAUGGUGGAAUAGAACGAAGAGCUGAAUGCUUGUUUUUGUUUUACACUGUACUUGUAGACUGUUUUUACCAAAUCCGACGGAGAUAGCAUUCACUAAAAUUGGUUUUCGUGAUUGGAAACACGACAAGGAGAAAGAAAAAGGUAUUACCUACAUCAUUCUUCGAAUGAUCAUUUGA